UACUGAGCUUGAUCCGACUUAUUUGGCUUCUCUCGCCACGGAAAAUUUCCUGGCUCUGCCCCUUUGGACUCUGCACGCCCAUUCACCCAACACCAUUCACUCUCAAGUCUCAAAGGCCUACGCUUCAUCUUCACUCGAUGGCGUUAUCGUUCCUUCCAUCCACCCCAACCCUUCAAUCUCUCAAACCAUCUCUCCCCUCAAUCUCACCCCCAUCUUCUCACGCCCCUUCCCUUAUGCUUCUUACUUCCUCCAAAUUGACGGGCCCAAGCCCAACCGGCCCAUUUGCCCUCACCAGAAGACACAACCUUUCUGCCAGAGCUUCCACCUCGCACUACACUCCCACCGUAGCCGAGGAACUCGCCGACGUAACCAUUUUCACCGCCUCCGGCGACCCUGUUGCCUUCAAAGACCUUUGGGAUCAAAACCAGGGCAUAGCUGUGGUGGCCCUAUUGAGGCACUUUGGAUGCCCUUGCUGUUGGGAAUUAGCUUCAGCCUUGAAAGAAGCCAAAGCUAGGUUUGAUUCAGCUGGUGUUAAACUAAUUGCAGUUGGAGUUGGUGGCCCCAGUAAAGCCCGCAUGCUUGCUGAGCGAUUACCAUUUCCAGUGGAUUGUCUCUAUGCAGAUCCUGACCGCAAGGCAUAUAAUGUUUUGGACCUAUAUUAUGGUUUUGGUCGUACAUUCUUUAACCCUGCCAGUGCAAAGGUGUUAUCAAAAUCUAGAUUUGAUGCUUUGCGGAAUGCUACAAAGAACUAUACGAUAGAAGCCACACCAGAUGAUAGAAGUGGUGUGUUGCAGCAGGGAGGGAUGUUUGUGUUCAAAGGGAAGGAGCUAUUAUAUGCGAGAAAAGACGAAGGUACAGGCGAUCAUGCCCCCUUAGAUGAUAUUUUUGAAGUAUGUUGUUGCAAUCCUAUUGCCUAAAGCUGUAAUAUAUAUGAAAUUCAAAUCUAUAAGUUGACUUAGGUUCAGAUCAAUCCUAUAGAUGACAACAUACUUUGUACGCUAUGAAUAUGAUGUAUUAUAAGUCUGAAUGUAGAUAGAUGUUGUUGUAUAUAUUUAUCAUAAAACCUUGGGAUUA